UUUGAGUAAGAGAUAAGGAAGAGAGGUGCCCGAGCCGCGCCGAGUCCACCGCCGCCGCAGCGCCUCCGCUCCGCCAACUCCGCCGGCUUAAAUUGGACUCCCCGAUCCGAAAGGGCGCGGCGCAGCCGGGCAGCGGCGCUUUCAGCCUUGGCAACCCCCGGGGCCACUAUUUCCCACUUAGCCACAGCUCCAGCAUCCUCUCUGUGGGCUGGUCACCAACUGUACAACCACCAUUUCACUGUGGACAUUACUCCCUCUUACAGAUAUGGGAGACAUGGGAGAUCCACCAAAAAAAAAGCGUCUGAUUUCCCUAUGUGUUGGUUGCGGCAAUCAAAUUCACGAUCAGUAUAUUCUGAGGGUUUCUCCGGAUUUGGAAUGGCAUGCGGCAUGUUUGAAAUGUGCAGAGUGUAAUCAGUAUUUGGACGAGAGCUGUACGUGCUUUGUAAGGGAUGGGAAAACCUACUGUAAAAGAGAUUAUAUCAGGUUAUACGGGAUCAAAUGCGCCAAGUGCAGCAUUGGCUUCAGCAAGAACGACUUCGUGAUGCGUGCCCGCUCCAAGGUGUACCACAUCGAGUGUUUCCGCUGCGUGGCCUGCAGCCGCCAGCUCAUCCCCGGAGACGAGUUCGCGCUGCGGGAGGACGGCCUCUUCUGUCGCGCGGACCACGACGUAGUGGAAAGGGCUAAUCUGGGCGCCGGCGACCCUCUCAGUCCCCUGCACCCGGCACGGCCGCUGCAAAUGGCAGCGGAGCCCAUCUCCGCCCGACAGCCUGCCCUGCGGCCCCACGUCCACAAGCAGCCGGAGAAGACCACCCGGGUGCGGACUGUGCUCAAUGAGAAGCAGCUGCACACCUUGCGGACCUGCUACGCUGCCAACCCCCGGCCCGAUGCGCUCAUGAAGGAGCAACUGGUGGAGAUGACGGGCCUCAGUCCCCGCGUGAUCCGGGUCUGGUUUCAAAACAAGCGGUGCAAGGACAAGAAGCGGAGCAUCAUGAUGAAGCAGCUCCAGCAGCAGCAACCCAAUGACAAAACUAAUAUCCAGGGCAUGACAGGAACUCCCAUGGUGGCUGCCAGUCCAGAGAGACACGACGGUGGCUUACAGGCUAACCCAGUGGAAGUGCAAAGUUACCAGCCGCCUUGGAAAGUACUGAGUGACUUCGCCUUGCAGAGUGACAUAGAUCAGCCUGCUUUUCAGCAAUUGGUCAAUUUUUCAGAAGGAGGACCAGGCUCUAAUUCCACUGGCAGUGAAGUAGCAUCAAUGUCAUCUCAACUCCCAGAUACACCUAACAGCAUGGUGGCCAGUCCCAUUGAGGCAUGAGGACAUUCGUUCAGAAGUAUUUCCCCCCACCCCCAUUGGAGAAAGUGGAAAUGAUGCUAACUCCAAAAGUAUUUAAUGACCCAGUCAAUGAAAACUGAAUCAAGAAAAUGAAUGCUCCAUGAAAUGCACGAAGUCUGUUUUAAUGACAAGGUGAUACGGUAGCAACACUGUGAAGACAAUCAUGGGAUUUUACUAGAAUUAAAAACAACAAACAAAACCCAAACCCAACAUAUGCUAUUCAAUGACCUUAGGAGUACUGAAAAAGAAAAAUAAAAGACGUUUUUAAAACGUAGAGGAUUUAUAUUCAAGGAUCUCAAAAAAAAAAAAAAAGCAUUUUCAUUUCACUACACAUCUGGAGAAAAAGCAGAAAUAGAAAAUUUUCUAGUCCAUCCUAAUCUGAAUGGUGCUGUUUCUAUAUUGGUCAUUGCCUUGCCAAACGGGAGCUCCAGCAAAAAGAGCAGGAAGAGAGACUGGCCUCUUUGGCUGAAAGAGUCCUUUCAGGAAGGUGGAGCUGCAUUGGUUUGCGAUGUUUUUAGUUGACUUUAACAAGGGGUUAAUUGAAAUCCUGGGUCUCUUAGCAUGCCCUGUAGUUGGUUUCUCUUUUACUUUUGUGCUGCACCCUGUCUCUCCCCAACCCCCUCCCCAGCCUUUCUUUCUUUCUUUCAAUUUUUUUGAGAUCCAUCCUCUAUCAAGAAGUCUGAAUCGACUUUAAAGGUUUUUGAAUUCAGAUUUAAAAACCAACUUAUAAAGCAUUGCAACAAGGUUACCUCUAUUUUGCCACAAGCGUCUCGGAUUGCGUUUAACUUGUGUCUGCCCAAGAACUUUUCCCCCAAAGAUGUGUAUAGUUAUUGGUUAAAAUGACUGUUUUCUCUCUCUCUCUCUCUGGAAAUAAAGAGGAAAAAAGGAAACUAUUUUUUUGUUUGCUCUUGCAUUGCAAAAAUUAUAAAGUAAUUUAUUAUUUAUUGUCAGAAGACUUGCCACUUUUCAUGUCAUUUGACAUUUUUUUGUUUGUUUGCUGAAGUAAAAAGAAAAAGAUAAAGGUUGUACCAUGAUCUUUUAAUUUUAUGUCUAAUUCUAUGUGUUUUGUCUCUUUUUUUUCCCUUAAAUAUUAUGUGAAAUUAAAGCGCCAUAUGUAGAAUUAUAUCUUCAGGACUAUUUCACUAAUAAAUGUUUGGCAUAGAUAAAUAAAGAAACACA